UUCACAUCUUCCCAGUCCUACGCCACAUCAUGCCUCAGACCUCCACCGUGAAUUCCUUCAUCAGUGGCUUCACAUCCGUCAAUGAAUUCAUAAAACAGGCUGUGGAAGAACACAAGGCUAACCUCGACCCUGAUAAUCCACGAGACUUUAUGGACAUCUACAUCACUGAAAUUAACAAAACUGAACACAAUCCAGAAACCACAUUUUCAAGUGAUCAGUUAUUAGCCUUGUGUUCUGACGUGUUCACUGCCGGUGUGGAGACCGGGUCAGCAUCUGUGUCCUUUGCGGUGUUGCUGGCGGUCGUCCACCCACGCGUCAUGCUCAACAUCCAGCGUGAGCUGGACGCCGUCGUCGGUCACGACCGCCUUCCCUCCACAGAUAACCGUACCAAGUGAGUCACCCCAUUGCUUAU